AUGAGCUCCAUCAGCGGUCGGGUCCUUGCCAUCCCUGCCGCCUCUGUCACAAACUCUGGAGCUUCAACCUCUCGAGCCUUGCACGUAGAGCUCACCUCCCAGCAGAGACGGUUGCGUCAUCUUCGGAGCAUCGCUGCCAGGAACAUCGUGAACAGGAAUGGUUCUCCUCUGUUAGACACUUACUUCACCCUCCACCUCUGUGUAGGAGACCGCAUUUCUAGAGAUUUUUACAAGAGUGAAGUCAUUCGGGACUCACUGAACCCAACGUGGCGGAGCCUGGAUUUUGGCGUUCUCCCAGACCUUCUGGACACUUCAGUGUCUUGUUUCGUGGUGAGGAUCUGGGGCGGACAGAAGGAACGGUACCAGUUCCUGAUUGAAUGGAAGGUCAACUUGGACGGGCUCAGAUACACGGGACAGCAGAUUCGAUCCAGAAGUCCAAAUGAGAUCAUAUUUGGACUGAAUGAUGGCUACUAUGCAGCUGAUUUUGAUCUCAAGGAUCAGUCGGAGCGGAAGGGUUAUACUCAGCUUCAGGUUGACCAGAGUUCAGUCAAGAACUCCUACAGUGUCUUCUCCUUGCUCAGGCUUCACACAGCGCAGCGAGCCAUCAAACAGACACAAGUGACUGUCCAGAGGAUUGGGAAGGAGAUUGAGGAGAAACUAAGGACAACGGCGUCUUGCACAGAGCGGAAGAAAGAGCGGGAGUGCAUGCAGCUGCGUAUUGCGGUGCUCCGUAGUGAGCUGCAGCGGCAGAGGAAGGCCCUGGGCAGGGAAGUAGACAUUCAACAGAAGGAGAGGGCAGAGCUACAGAAGAAAGAGGAAGUGUUUUCUGCUCAACACGAAGGUCUGAAGGAGGAGAAAGAAUGCCUAACAAAGUUGCAGAAGGAAUGCACAGCCAAGAGAGAGCAGUUCCUGAAAUCCAACGCCCAGCUCACCUUUCGCUGUCGUCAGCUCCUCUCUGAACUAUCCUACAUCUACCCCAUUGAUGUGGUCAAUCAGUCAGAUUAUGUCAUCUGUGGAGUGAAGCUGCCAAACUCUGAAGAUUUCCAAGCUAAAGACGACGGGAGUGUGGCGGUCGCCCUGGGUUACACGGCACACCUGGUCCUGAUGAUCUCGUGUUUCCUUCAGAUCCCUCUUCGCUAUCCGGUGAUCCACAAAGGUUCACGCUCUUCCAUCAAGGACACAAUCACUGACAGACUCACAGAGAAGGAGAGAGAAUUACCUUUGUAUUCAAGAGGAGAGCGCUUCCAUUUUGAAUACGGUGUCUACUUGCUAAACAAGAACAUUGCCCAGCUGAGAUAUCAGCAUGGUUUGGCCACCCCAGACCUGCAGCAGACACUACCCAACCUGAAGAACUUCCUGGAACAUGGUCUGAUGGUGCGAUGCGACAGACAUCACGUCUCCAGCUCAAUCCCAGUGCCCGUAAAACCCCAGCUGAGUGUGUCCGCAGCCUCAGAAAUGAGCUACCCCUACCAGGACGGCUCUCCAGAGCGAGGCGUGAGGAAGAGGGCGAGCUCGGAGGAUGAAGCACAGCUCAAAUAUAAGUUGCCACCUCCUCAGAGCAACCACGCAGCCUCGGGUGAAGAGCAGCCUCCCGUUAGCCUGUCCCCCCCUUUACCAGCACCCAAACAGCUGUCGUCCUCACUUAAUGCCAGCAUGGCCGCUCUUAACAUCCCCCCGACGAGGGAGGCCAACCAGGCUGGAGAGCAGGAGGAGGACGUGGAGAAGAGUGGGGAUACAAAUGUAAGAGAGGAGGAAGACAAAGAGACUGAAGCAGAUGAGGGGGGGGUUAAAGAGCAGCCACCCAGCAGCACAGGUGCGUCUAAUGCUGGUUUGAAACAGGAUGUCGGCGAUGAAACCGUUUCGUCUGUCCAGCACAUGAAUGGUUCGUUACUGCCGGGACAGACACCGGUCGGUCCGGUCCCAGAGCCGCUCUGCUCUGUGGAACAGGCCGAGGAGAUCAUGGGCACGGAGGCCACAGGGUUGGGCCUGGGGGUGGGGUUAGCAGACGAGGCCCGGCUGGAAGACUACCACUGCAUCCCCGUGGACCACGCCGUGGCUGUAGAGUGUGACGAGCAGGUGCUGGGGGAGCUGGCCGUCUUUGAGGAGUUCUCCAGGCGCAUCUAUGCACUAAAUGAGAACCCGUCCAGCUUCCGCAUGCCGCGCAAAAACUCUGACAAGUGACCCGGAGGGUCUGAGGAGAAAACGAGUUGUGGACAAACUCAUGCAGUUUAGACAAAUGCAAGGCAGGGACAGAAACUGAACUGUAGGAGGUGUGGUCCUCACGCCUCAACUGCUCUCAAGGUCAAGGAGCUGCUCCUCAAGAACCAAUUUGCACUUAUUGUAAACAUUUCGAUAGUAAUCUUGUGAAAAUGAUCAACAGUGUAAGUUCUGGGACAGCAAAGGUCCAACUCACCGAGCUGCGAUUGUCGGAGUCUAGAUGGUUCCUGAAAACGGAGAACAGGUCCACUUUCAGUUCUGGACGUUCAGCGUCCAGCUCUGGAGACGUGCUGAAGAUGCCCAGCAGCUACACCGCAACUAUGUCU